CUCAAACUUCCCCUUCCACCAACCUCAAAUCCCAUGUUUCCUCACAAUCCACCGCCCGGAUGAUCCGCCAAAAAUGGCUUCCCAAUGCCAGGGCCCUCUUCGCCGCCCAGAAAAGAUGUCUUUCUUCGCCAAGCGCCAGAUUCCCCAACUUCGCCGAAAACGAUGAAAGCUGGGGAACUCUGCAGGAGAAGCUCAACUCUUCUCUGCCCAAUGCUGGUGCGAAUUCGAAGCCAGUGCCUGGCACUUCGCUGAAGGGUGCAAUGGCUCAGGACCAUGGUUCCCGAUACAUGCUUGUCAUGGAGGGUCUGCCAACGUCGCUUCGCGCUGCUGACUUCCAUCGUCUUGCGCCAGGUACCCUCUCUGGCUGGGAAAACUUCAUCACUAAUGUCCAUCAAGAACGCGAUCCCUGGACUAUGGAACCCCUUGGCACAUACUACAUAACCUUCCCCUCCAGCGGCGCCGCCUACAUCUACCGCGACAGAGUCGAACGUCUCCUCCGCCUCGCCCAAGCAAAGAUGAAAGACAAGACAGGCCUCUGGGUCACCAAAGUGAACCCCGUUCUCAUCAACAAAAAAACCAACCCCGCAGUUGAGGUCGAGCGCUUCACACUCCUCCCGGGUUCAUACCCAUCCAAGCUUGAGAUCAAGAGCAAACGGGUCAGAAAGAUGGCAUGGCAGAAAGUCAUGGACCGAAUCGUUGAAAAAUCGUCCAUAAAAAGGAAUCCUAGCCAUGUGCUACUUGAGCUACCGCAGGCGAGUUUCUCGGCGUCGGAGCUCAAGGCGAUCAUAAAGCAGGAUGGUACAGAAAGUGGGCACAAUUGGCAAAUAGAUGUGUUCAGCCUGAGGGAGACUAUGAACUUUGAUAGGGGGGUUACCACAGACACCCUUCGAGUACCUCUGACUCGAGGCAGUCCUGAGUUUCGACGCAAGCUCGAUUCACGGUUUGUCCUUACCUGCGCGACUCCUGAAGUGGCAUGGCGAUUCAUUCGUAGUUGGAAUCAGCGCAUCCUUGAAUAUGACGGAGGAGAUGAGGUUAUCCAGCGUAACCGUGUAAAAGCAUCGUAUAUUGAGACUUAGCGACUGUAUUAUAUCAUAACGAAUAGAUUUAAAGAGUCAAAGACGCUCGCUCCACAGCCCAUCGAAUCUCUGAUCUUUUUGAAAAUAAGACAUCAACACUUUCACAAAGGAGUCUUCUUUGGCUCUUCUUGACCCGACAUUCAAUCGCAAGCAAAGAAAUCAAAGACUUCAACAACGACCACUCAUGCACAUAACGAAAGCAAUGUAUAUUAGACCCAGAUCAAAAACCGAAACUCCAGACCGGACGUGCUCUCUAAGAUGGGGUGGAAGGUCGAUCGGGGGAACAACAAGACAUGACCAAAACCUCUCGCAAUGUCGUCACUCAUCCUUUUGAACGUGACUGAGAUUUGCCGCCCAGCUCAAACUAACAGCCAUCCAUUCCUCUCUUUCGGCUCCUUUCCUUCUUUCCUUCUUUCCUUCGUUUCCUUUCAUCCAUCUCUCAUGCCCGAAGACAAGAGCACAGGUUCUCUUCCCAUUCUCCCAAUGGUGAACUCUCCAACUCUCUCAUCUCACGCUGACCCGUACACAGCGUGUUCACCUCCCUCGAGUUUACAAAGUAAUAAGCUUAAAAAAUAAAAAAAUAAAAACGACGGCAAACGGAGAAUGACAGAUAAACGAACUCCUUAGGGUAUUCGGUUUAGCAGCACUUGCUGCCGCCGC